AUGGAUUCGUUAAGAGGGCAAGGAGGUAUCCAAAUGCUGCUAACAGCGGAGCAAGAGGCUCAGCAGAUUAUCUCCAGCGCCAGAAGCCUAAGGAUGACUAGGCUAAAGCAGGCUAAAGACGAAGCCGAGAGGGAAGUGGCAGUUUAUCGCUCAAACAUGGAAGCUGAAUACCAAAAGAAAAUAGCCGAGACGAGCCCUGAAUCUGUCGCAAAACGGCUUGAGGAGGAAACGGAGGCGAAGAUCGAAAACUUGAAGGAAUCGGGGUCAAAAGUCACAUCGGAUGUGGUUGUCAUGCUCCUGAAGUAUGUUACAACUGUAGCAUCAAAUUAGAGCAUGUGUGGAGUUUUAUGCAAAGUAAAAUAGAGCCAACAAGAAUAAAGGAGAGGAGCUGAUCAUUUCUCGUCUUUGAAACGGUGCAUCGCAAUACGCCAAGAUGCUUGAGAGUUCUUGUUCUACUUUUGUG